CGCGCGCGGGCCGGGCCGGCGCCCCGUCAGCCUCGCUCGCCCGCGUCGCCCGGAGCCCCGGGGGAUGCUCCCGGCCGGCACCCCCUAUGGCCGCCGACGUCUUCAUGUGCUCCCCGCGCCGGCCCCGCAGUCGGGGCCGCCCGGUGCUGCUCAAGCCUCAGGUGCCUGAGGACGACGACGACUCGGACACCGAUGAACCGUCCCCGCCGCCCGCCUGCGCUUCGGCCACCCCGGGCCGGGCCCACGCGAGCGCCGCGCCGCCGCCGCCCAGGGCCGGGCCGGGCCGCGAGGAGCCUCCGCGCCGCCAGCAGAUCAUCCACAGCGGCCACUUCAUGGUGUCGUCGCCACACCGCGAGCACCCGCCCAAGAAGGGCUACGAUUUCGACACGGUCAACAAGCAGACGUGCCAGACCUACAGCUUCGGCAAGACCAGCUCCUGUCACCUGUCCAUCGACGCCUCGCUCACCAAACUCUUCGAGUGCAUGACCCUGGCCUACAGUGGGAAGUUGGUGUCUCCGAAGUGGAAGAAUUUCAAGGGCCUGAAGCUCCAGUGGAGAGACAAGAUCCGGCUCAAUAAUGCCAUCUGGCGGGCGUGGUACAUGCAGUAUUUGGAGAAGCGCAAGAAUCCCGUGUGCCAUUUUGUCACUCCACUAGAUGGCUCUGUUGAAGUAGAUGAGCAUCGCAGGCCAGAGGCCAUCACCACAGAAGGGAAGUACUGGAAAAGCCGCAUUGAGAUCGUGAUCCGGGAGUAUCACAAGUGGAGAACCUACUUCAAGAAAAGGCUACAGCAGCACAAGGAUGAGGACCUUUCCAGCCUGGCCCAGGACGAUGACAUGCUUUAUUGGCACAAACGUGGGGAUGGAUGGAAGACCCCAGUCCCCAUGGAGGAGGACCCACUGCUGGACACAGACAUGCUCAUGUCGGAAUUCAGCGACACCCUCUUCUCAACACUUUCCUCACACCAGCCGGUGGCCUGGCCCAACCCCCGGGAAAUAGCACAUCUGGGAAAUGCAGACAUGAUCCAGCCGGGGCUGAUUCCUCUGCAGCCCAACCUGGACUUCAUGGACACUUUCGAACCCUUCCAGGACCUCUUCUCUUCCAGCCGCUCCAUUUUUGGUUCCAUGCUGCCUGCUCCUGUCUCAGCACCUGCACCAGAUCCCAACAGUCCACCUGCUCAGGAGAGCAUCCUGUCCGCCACCACUCUCCCCACCGUGAGCCUCCCUGAUGGCCUCAUAGCACCUCCUGCAGCCACCACCCUCGACCCCACGGACAGGCAGGGCUGUGAACGAGAUCCCCGGCCUGGAGACCCCUUUAUCCAGCCCACAGACUUCGGUCCUCCUGCACCGUCGCUGAAUGUCCCUCAGCCUUUCCUCCCCGUGUUCACCAUGCCCUUGCUGUCUCCCAGCCCUGCCCCAGCACCUGCUUCUCCUGCCCUGCCUUUAGCCCCACCACCCCCUGCCCCUGCCUUGAGCCCCUCGGCUCCAUCUACCUUCCUACAGCCGAAGUUUGCUGGAGCCAGCAAGUCACCCUCCGUCAUCACACACACGGCCUCUGCCACCCUCACCCAUGAUGCGUCUGCCACCACCUUCAGCCAGAGCCAGGGCCUUGUCAUCACAACCCACCAUCCCACGCCCUCAGUGUCCCCCUGUGGCCUGGCACUCCCUCCGGUCACUCGGCCGCCAACUGCCGGACCUCCCCAACCCUGUUUAACUUUUGUGCACCCCAAACCUGUCUCUUUGACUGGGGGGAGGCCCAAACAGCCCCCCAAAAUAGUGCCUGCUCCCAAACCGGAGUCUGUGUCCGUGGUAUUGAAGAAUGCUUGCAUUGCCCCAGCUGCCUUUUCAGGACAACCGCAAGCCGUGAUUAUGACAUCAGGCCCUCUGAAGAGAGAAGGGAUGUUGGCUUCUACCGUGUCGCAGUCCAGUGUGGUCCUUACGCCUGCUGCCAUUGCCCGGGCUCCUGGAGUUACGGAGUUCCACAGUGGCAUCCUGGUGACAGACCUUGGCCACACCACGAGCAGCCAGCCAGCCCCUGUCUCUCGGCUCUUCUCUCCAAGCGCCGUGCAAGACUCCCUGGUGAAGGGCGAGCAGGUCCCUGCCACGGGUUCCAGUGAGUGUGCGCUCCAGUCUGAAUGGUUGGGACUUCGUCGAGAUUGCCCAAACUCAGGGCAGGCCUCUCCAUGUGCUUCAGAGCAGAGCCCUAGUCCCCAGUCUCCCCAGAACAACUGCUCAGGGAAAUCGGCAGACCCCAAAAAUGUGGCUGCUUUAAAGAACCGGCAGAUGAAGCAUAUUUCAGCUGAGCAGAAAAGGCGCUUCAACAUCAAGAUGGGCUUUGACACCCUCAACAGUUUGAUCUCUAAUAAUUCCAAGCUGACCAGCCACGCCAUCACACUGCAGAAGACCGUGGAGUACAUCACCAAGCUGCAGCAGGAGCGGGGCCAGAUGCAGGAAGAAGCCCGGCGGCUGCGGGAGGAGAUCGAGGAGCUCAACGCCACCAUCAUCUCCUGCCAGCAACUGCUUCCUGCCACGGGAGUGCCCGUCACCCGGCACCAAUUCGAUCACAUGAGGGACAUGUUUGAUGAGUAUGUGAAGAGCCGGACCCUACAGAAUUGGAAGUUCUGGAUUUUCAGUAUCAUUAUCAAGCCGCUGUUUGAGUCCUUCAAGGGGAUGGUGUCCACCAGCAGCCUGGAAGAGCUGCACCGGACGGCGCUGUCCUGGCUGGACCAGCACUGCUCCCUGCCCGUCCUCAGGCCAACGGUGCUGCACACCCUCCGGCACCUGAGCACCACCACCUCCGUUCUGACAGACCCGUCCCAGCUGCCAGAGCAGGCGGCAGAGGCCGUCACCGGAAUCGGCAAGAGAUCGGGGGAGUCUUAGUGGCACCUGGCGGGCACGUGGCCGUGCAAGAUGCCAUGGAGGCUCUUCCCUGCCCGCGGAGAGGGUGCUGCACCCCAUGCCUCUCCUGACGCAGAGCUCAGGGCCCCCCUCCAACUCCACCGGCCCACUGGGCCACUCAGAACACUGCGCUCAGGUCUGAAGCAGGUUCGGGUCCUGCCGACAGCAACAGCCCGUCUUUGGGAGCCCCUUGCUGUGAACUCUUACUCAUCGACCUCAGUUGUGAACUCCCCUGCCCUCAGGCAACCCAGACAAAGUCCCGUCCUGCUGGUGGUCGGCCGGGCCCCUGGUGCCUGAGCAGGGAGUAGAGGGGACAAAUGGGGCACGGCCUGCUCCUGGGAGCUGGGAAGCAUAAGGGUUCCUCUUCGGUUCUGUCCUCAGACUUCUGGAUGUUCGCUCCUGUCGCCCCUGGGCACUCGGAUGGCGCUGCUCUGACUCUCCUGGGGGGCAGGUGGAAGGCACUUCCCUUCCUCCCUCAGACUCUGACCUUGUAAGUAGGUUUGGACAGCUGCUCCCACCACACAGGCCGCCAGGGAACCCCGGAACCCGCGUGCGGAAGCGGUGGGUGUGCACGCUCGCGGCGCGAGAAGGAUCGCACAUCAAGGCGAAGCUGCUGCUCUGGCUCGGAGACCCCUCGGGCGGCGCCGCGGGCGGCCUCGUUCUGUUCUGCCGGUGCUGCGGCAGCCACCGUCGGUGGCUUGAGAACCGUGGUGGGGACUCCGGCGGGGCCUCACUGGGCGCCACCUCACCGCAUGGCCCUUGUUCUCCACCUUCCUCCAAGCCGCAGCCUGGGAUGAGCCAGCAGCCUUGGGUGCAUGCUCGCAGCCCUGAGAGCGUGGCGUUUGAGAGGCCAGACUCCACGGUGCUGCCAUGGGUCUGUCGCCUUGCCUGGAUGGUUCAGCUGGGAGCCCCAAACCAUAACAGUUCUCGGACCAAAGAUGUCACCACACCCAAAGUCUGUCCUGUGUUGUGUUUGGAGGAAGAAAUUGAAUGUUGAUGGGCAGCCCUCUGAGGCAGGCAGCCUCAGAGCUGUCUCUGGGCAUCUUCCAGAUCAUACGGUGAAGAGUUACACUCAUGUUUGUUUAAGGUGGAGGGAUAUCUGGAGGCAGCGGCCUGCUUCUGAACAUGGAAUUGCAUUCGGGGUGUCCAGGCCCAUCCUCUUGCUCUAUGUGCAAGAGGAGCUGCAGAUGGAAGGGCGGGUGCUCUCUCUAACACUCAGGAAGCCCAGCCAAGGGUACCUCCUCGUUGAAAGAAUGUGCUUUUAACGUCCUGCUGUGAAGUUCAGAGGCUCAGUGGACUUUCCAUUCAAUCUCUGUCCUCCCUGCCAGAGAUGGAGCCUGCGCAGUGCUAGGCAAGGCUGGAAAUGCUGGGGUAGGCUCUAGGGGGGGCGCUACUGAGGGCAACCUCCUGCAGCUUGGACCCAUUUGGAGGCUCCCGCGGGUUCCUGGAGGCCUGCUGAAGGUGCUCGGGGGCAGCCAGCCCUGCCUCAGCCUCACUUGAUGGAGGAUGGCAGGGGUGACGUCUCUCUGCCGCCGGCUGUGCCACCGUCUCUCCUGCAGGUCACCGACCAGUCACCUACUCCCUUGUCUGUGCUUCAGCCCCGCACAAGAGCAGCUUGGCGGCAACCCUCAGUCUCUCCAGAAAACGUGUUUACAAGCCUCCCAGAUCACUCCCCUGAGGGGCGAGCACAAGACAAGGCUGGGCUGGUCCUUAAUGUCCACUGGGAAAUGGUAAGAGAACUCAUCCUUCACCCCAGGAUAAACUCGGAGUUGCCCUUCCAAAGGGGAAGACCACCAUGGUAAGAACUCACUAGGGUCAAAAGGAAAAACACGAGAUAUCCCCAGGGCUUGUGGGGGGUCAUGAGCUCCGUCCCUUCCCCAGUUCCUGUGCCUUUGUAAACCACGUGAGUGGCCGGAAUGCUUGGCCCACCAAGACCUCUCCUAAAUGAGCAGCCUUCUCCCCACCCGGCGCUGGGAGUCUUUUUUUUUUUUUUUAACUCUGUGGGAUAUAAAAUUGGCCUCUUGCUUCUUCGGCCUACCUCUCCUUCUCUUCCUUUUGCUGAAUUAAUGUUCAUGAUUCUGUUUUGUUAAAUAUUUAAGGCUGUUGGGUCACAUGAGACUUUGAAGGGUGUGUGUGUGUGUGUGUGUGUGUGUGUCCUAGCAGACUGUUAAUUAGAUGCAUGUUUUUGUUUUGAGACAUUGACUUAAAUCCAUUUCUCUUGGUGCUCACGAUUACCACGGCUAUAGGGCCACAAAGCUGUAUCUCUUACCACAGACAUGUUUCUUGUCCCAGAAUCAUUUCUUAUUUUGGAAUCUUGCCCGAUGAAUCUGGCCAGACAGAGGGGCCCAGCGGGGGCGCAGGGACAGCGAGAUCAGCCUGCCAGAGGCCUCCAAGGCGUGCUGCCCACAGGGCUGUGCUUUGUUUACACUCAUUUUCACCCCUGCUCCUGCCUCUGCUCCCAUAAAAGAAACUUUAAAAUGCUGACACUUUGGAGAAUAAAAAAAAAAAAAAAAAAAUCAAUCUGAAAAGGAAAAAAAAAAAAGCCUGUCUGGCACAUAAAUCUUUGAAAAGCAUUUCUGUGAAAUCUUUCUGUGCCAUCAGCCCCCUUCACACUCCUGCCUGCUCUUUCACGAUGAGUGGGAAACGCAGGGACAGGGCAGGUGCCACCGCGGGGCUUUCUGAAAGUUGGCGGGCCCGUCCCUCCCAGCUCAGGCGGGUUACACUGGCAAGUCGCCCCCCCAGGGGGGCCCCAGCCCAUGCACCCCCGCUGCUGUCCAGCCGGAUUUUCUCACACGAAAGCAAAGGUCCCAGCGUCAGAAGUUAGAGUUAGUGAGGUGCUAGCGGACGUCACUGGCCCUUGUCAGGAGGAAGGACCGAAGGGCAGGGAACCCCCAGCGCCACCCUAUUCCUGGAGCCUCCGCAGGAGGAGGGGUGGCCAGUUGUCGCCCAUGUGCCCUUGGGCACCCAGCUUCAUCCGCUUCCUGCCCUUGUGACCUGACGGUUGGACCGGAAGGUAUUCCUGCUCUGGCCGAUAGAAAUGUAAACUUAGACUGAGCAAGCAUGGCCCCCCAGGGUAGUGCCAACCCCCUUUGUCUCGACCCAGGUGAAGGGGUCUGGUGGCAAGUGACCUGAGAACUAGAGGAACGAGGAGCAAGUCCAUUGUUUGCAGGAUUACAAGCUGGCACGGUCUAGCUGAAGCACAUGGCAUGGCACUGGGCUGUCCUCGGUGCUCCCUGCCCCAUGCCCAGGACCCCCCACAGUUUGAUGGAUAAGCUGGUCCACUCUCUCCUCUCUCUCUGGUGGAAAGUUGCCUUUCCCUAGAGAUGCCCUGCUUCCCAUUACGCACCUUGCCAGUGACGAAACCCACCCACCGCUCGUGGGAACUUAGCUUUGCCAAGUGUUCCCUCGGUCAUGGUCUCAUUGGAGGAGAGAGCUGGGGUGCCCUGGUGUGAGCAACAUUGGCAGCCGCAGGCCCGAGUCUUCACCUCGGUGCCCCGAUACCGCGUAUGUCGAGGAUUUUCACCAACGUCUGAACAUGCACAAGGGGAGAAGGGGGUUGGAGGGUGGAAGAGCUUGGAAGCUCAACACCUGUUUGUAACUUUCAGUAGUCUCCCUGGCCUUGACCCUCUCGGAUCGGAGGGACAGCAAGAGCAGGGAGAAGCCUUAGGACUUAACUGUGUACCUCCAGAAACUGCCCCGUUUUGUUUUCCUUCUGAGGACUUGGCUUUCCUGGCUCAUCACGCGGGGGGCUGUUUCCUUGUCGGGGUUUGCGAAAAUCAGCCUUUGAGAAAGAAAAGGGAACUUUUCAUGUUAAAUGUUGGCUUUGAUUCAGUGUGUGUGUGUCUUUGUGUGCGCGCACGCAUGUGCACGUGCUUGCACAAGCCCGCCUGUGUGUGUUUACUUAAUGGAAUUUUAUUUUUGUGAAAUUCCUUCCCAAAUAUGUAGCAGAAUUCACUUCCAUCUCCCAGUCAAACUUUUGGUUUCACAGUCAACCCUGGGCACCACUAAUUUGAAGAAUUGCCUUCUGGGUUUCUAAACAGAGGUGUGCUCCUCCCAAGGCUUGAGAUUGUGGAGGGUUUGGGAGAAACGGAUACAUUUCUGUAGAGUUUGUCCUGCAGUUGAAGGGUAUGAAGGGCUCAGCCCAGGGACACACAAUUCCUAGACUGUGUUUCUCACAAGGGAGCUUGAACACAGCCUCCCCCCAACAACGCCCUGCUGUUUCUCUACCCGAAUCUUCUCAGACGGCCCGCGAAAGGGAACCUUGUUCAUCUACUUAUUUUGUAACAUCACAGCUGAGCCACCACAGCGUUCUCUUCCUUUGCCAGCUUCCAGUUCAUUGUGUAAAUGGUUUGUUUUUUCUGUUGUGAGCUUUGGUGAUUGUGUCAUGGCUCCGUUAGGAGACGGUUUCCCCUCGUGGUCCGAACAGCAAAACCUGAGAAGAGCCUUGUUACUCGGAGGCUCCCUCAGGCCUGCACCAUCCAGAACACCACCCUUCAUGCUCCGCUGUCAAGAAGCACGUUUCCACCAGCUGUAUUCAACACUACAAUGCAGUUUUAAAACUAUAUUUGCAUCCGAGACAAUAAAAAGCUGUAUUUUUUUGAAAA